CCUAAGGAGAAGCAAAGCUGAGAGACAGAGAGAAAGAGAAAUUCAUAAGCAAGAAAUUAGAUAGACUAGGAACAGAAUUCUCCAGUCCUAAUGGCAACAACUCCAUUAGCUUCUCCACCACUCCAGCCCCUGACCUUGGAGGAUGAGGAGCCAGAAUGCUUGGACCAGUAUGACAUAUACAGCUUUACUGAUUCUUAUCUGGGAAGAGGGAGCAGGAAAGGUCGUACCAAAAGAGAAGCUGCCAACCAUACCAACCGACCCAGCCCAGCUGGCCACGAGCGGAAGCUGCUGACCAAGCUUCAGAACACAGAGCAAAAGAAACGUGGCACUAGACCCUGAGCCUAAAACUCUGAGGCUGGGCCAGAGUACUGAUACCAAGAUCACGGCUAUGGACAUAUGGCAGCGAAGACAGGGCAAGAGAGAUAGGAUCUUAAUCUUGCCUGACAGCCUUCUCUCAAGAGAUGUGCCCUCCCCAGCCUGGCUGGAGUUUGGAGGGGCCUGGCAAGUGAGAUCCUUUAGCACUUUCAGAGGAGAUGAAGAGGAGCUGAUGGUAGGAAUGGAUGAGCUAGAUGAAGCAGAGGGAAAGGGAAAAUCUACCUAAAGAAACUGAAUCUAUCAAAGGACAGUGGUUACAAUAAAGAAUCAAUCAGA